UCCCCAUGGGGAGGGCGGGAGGCGCGGGGCGAGACCCAGGCCGGGGGGUAACGUGGCCGUCCCACCGCCCAGAGGAGCCGGUCCUGCUGGGGGAGCUGAAGCCGGGCCGUCCCCAGCGCUACGACUGGAAAUCCAGCUGCGAGACCUGGAGCGUGGCCUUCUCGCCCGAUGGCGCCUGGUUCGCCUGGUCGCAGGGACACUGCGUGGUCAAGCUGAUCCCCUGGCCCCUGGAGGAGGCCGAGCUCGGCUGCAAAACCUCGGAGCGCAAGAGCCGCGGCAGCAAAGCGGAGGCGAGGAGCCGAGGGGUGGCCAAGGAGAAGACGCUGGAGUGUGGCCAGAUCGUGUGGGGCUUGGCCUUCAGCGCCUGGCCAGCAGCAGAGGCAGGGGAGACGGACCCCACCUGUGCCGUGGGUCUUCCCUGCCUGAUCCUGGCCACCGGGCUCAACAACGGGCAGAUCAAGGUCUGGGAGGUGCAGACAGGACACCUCCUCUUCAGCCUCUUGGGGCACCAGGAUGUCGUCAGAGACCUGAGCUUUGCUCCCAACGGAAGCCUCAUCCUUGUGUCAGCCUCGCGAGACAAGACCUUGCGUGUCUGGGACCUGAGCAGAGAUGGGCGGCAGGUCCAGGUGCUGUCGGGCCACGUGCAGUGGGUGUACUGCUGCUCCAUCUCCCCAGACUGCAGCAUGCUCUGCUCCGCUGCUGGAGAGAAGUCGGCACUGCUGUGGAGCAUGCGGUCCUACACCCUCAUCCGGAGGCUGGAGGGGCACCAGAGCAGCGUGGUGUCGUGCGACUUCUCGCCAGAUUCGGCGCUCCUUGUCACCGCUUCCUACGACGCCUGCGUCAUCAUGUGGGACCCCUACACCGGGGAGCAGUUGAGGACGCUACGCCAUGUCCCCUUGCACUCGGCGGUGGACUACAGCAGCGAAGUCCACACGAGCUCCCUGCGCUCUGUCUGCUUCUCUCCUGAGGGCCUCUACCUGGCCACGGUGGCAGACGACAGGCUCCUGAGGAUCUGGGCGUUGGAACUGCGGUCUCCGAUUGCCUUUGCUCCCAUGACCAACGGCCUGUGCUGCAUGUACUUCCCACACGGUGGUUUCAUUGCCACAGGGACCAGAGAUGGCCACGUCCAAUUCUGGACUGCUCCAAGGGUCCUCUCAUCGCUAAAGCACUUGUGUCGCAAAGCUCUGCGCACCUUCCUGACGACAUAUCAGGUCCUUGCGCUCCCCAUUCCCAGGAAGCUGAAGGAAUUCCUCACUUACCGGACAUUUUAAGGCAGGACGGAAAGCAGAGGCACAGAGCCAGGAGCCCUCUGCCCAGCGGUGGGGCCCGGCCUGGCUCAGAGGAGGCACCGCCGCAGCGACUUCUCGCUGAUUCGUGAGCCGUGGGGCAGGAGGAUUGCUACCCCCCCUUGUUUUGGGGCUGUGUCUGUGAAUGUGGAGGGAUUUUUUUGGUAUAAUAAUACUAGAACCCAGCAAAAAUGCAUGCAGAGGGCAAGGGGUACAAGCUGCAGUGGCCCCGCAGGGGACACGGGUGUCCCUGUCCCCUUGCUGUCUGCAAGUUUUGGGUCAAGGUGCUUUUGCUUCCAAGUGCAAUGUUGUGGGUUGAAGGUUAGCAGCCGCAGUCUGAGCAGAGCUUUUUGUCAGUCGUACAAACACGGGGCUACAACCCUUCCUGACAAAGCCAACCCUCGCUGGGCCUGGCUCGUACUGGAGCUUAGAUCCUGGAGGAGUGUGGGCUCUGCCCCUCUCCUGGUCUGGGCAUGAGCUGGACAAAGCCAAGCAGAUCUCUGGCGGACUAGACAACAGCAGUGACAGAAUAAAAAAUUAUUCCUCGUGUCUUUCCUCUUGGCUUGUAGAGGUGACCUGGGGAUACGAGGCAGGGCAGGCUGCAGCGGGCUGGCCCCAGGGCCUCCAGCCCUUCGGCUGCGGCUGUCGGGGUGGCAGCGAGCACUCGCUGGGUUCUGAAGUGCAGCAGACCAGUAAGUUGUUCGGUGGUGGGUGCUGGGGAGGAUCAGUCCACCAUGGUGGGACACAGGGCUUCACACAGCUCCGUUGCUUACUCUCCCUGCUGGAGCUCGGCACUCUGGCAGCCCAGUGUCUGGACACAGAGAGUGAAGCAGUCUUGUCUGUCUCUCUCCAGCUUAGCCGGUGUCUGGGGUGACAGCACGUGGUUGAGGCCCUGCGUGCUAGAGGGCUCGGUCAGUGCACGAGCCUGAGGCUGAGACCCCAGCUGAUGAAAAAGACAGGGAAUGUCUCCCCGGAAGUGCUCCCCAGGAUGUUUUCCCUUGUGAGCAGCUGAACCCAGAAAGCUGUCGUUUCCCUAAUGGGUAGAGGCAUCACCCCCAACUGUGUCCCCUCUCGUAAGAGGGGCACGGCCCUGCAGGGAACCGCGCUUGCUCUGCAUGGCUGCCCUGCUCAGCUGCAUGAGCCACAGUUGUACUCCUCAGCGCAUGAGCACCCGGGGCAGCUCUGCCUGGCAAGGGAGGUUUUGCAGGCAGGUGACAGCAGCGGGACAUCAGCCCGCAUCGGUGUGAUGCCUUUGCAAUCGGACAGGGGCAGGGGGUGAGGCUCGACCAGCUCCCUUCGGCCCUUGCUGUACAGGAGGGAAGAAAAA